UAGAGCUAUGCCGAAGCCUUGUGACUUGCAAAUCAACAUUAAUGGUCAGCAGAUAUUUCUUUUGAAAGAGAAGAUUAUAUCAAAAUACUGUGGAAGGGUGAAGAAAAUCUUGAAUCAUCAAAAGAGAAGAUGUCAUGUGCAAAACUUGAGGAUUAGAAUCAAUGAUUUCCCUGGAGGACCAGAUGGGUUUGAACUAGUUUCAAGGUUUUGUUACAACAAUGGCAAAAUCCCAAUCACUGUGGCUAACGUGCCUCUCCUUCAUUGCUGUGCUGUUUAUCUUGGAAUGACUGAGGAGCUCUUCAGUAACAAUCUCUUGCAACAAACAGAAACUUUUCUUGAGGGAAUCUAUUACUGGAUAUGGAAUGACAUACUUGUAAGUCUCAUGAGUUGCCAUUUGUUUUAUACAUAUGCAGAUUGCUGUGGUCUCUUAGAAAAGAUCAUUAGUGCACUCUUAGCAAAGAUUGACCAAAAUUCAGAUACAAACCUUAUCACUUCCUCCUCUUCAACAUCAUCAUCAUCAUCUUCACCAGAAAGCAAUUCUGCUAAGAGAUUCUCUUCUUCAACCCCAGAAAAAAUAAAGACAACUUUGCCAAACAAAGCAUGGUGGUUUGAUGAUUUGGCAACUUUAUCCCCAAAGAUCAUUGAGAAACUUUUUCAGUGUGUUGGAGCAUACAAAGCUGAUAACAACAACUUGAUCCUUACAAGAUUUCUGUUGCAUUAUCUUAAAACAGCUACUCAAACCAGAGUUGUUAAUUGCAGAAACAGUAGUGAGUAUGCUGCUCUUGCAGAAACAGCUGCUUAUGGGGUCAUAUUUGUUGGUAAGAAGACAUUUUCUUGCAGAGGCCUUUUUUGGGUAUUAAGGAUUGUAUCUGGAUUUGGGUUGAGUGAUGGUAGCAGAACUGAACUUGAGAAAUUGAUUGGUGGAAUGCUUGAGCAAGCUACUUUGGAUGAUCUUCUGGUCUCUGGACAUGAUAUGGGAGUUCAUUAUGAUGUUAAUUUGGUGAUAAGAUUGGUUACACUAUUUGUUGAUAUCAAUGGCUCUAAUGAACUGUCUUUGCAGAAACUGAGAAGGGUUGGUAGAUUAAUUGACAAGUAUUUGAGAGAGAUAUCCCCUGAUCAGAAUCUUAAGAUCUCUAAAUUUCUUGGAGUUGCUGAAUGCUUGCCAGACUCUGCUAGGGAUUGCUUUGAUGGGGUCUAUAGAGCCAUUUACAUCUAUCUUGAGAGUCACCCAAUGAUCACAUUUGAGGAAAGAUCGAGAUUGUGUAGAUGUCUUAAUUACAGUAAACUCAGCUUUGAAGCUAGUAAAGAUCUGGCCAAGAACCCUAGAAUACCCCCAAGGAUUGCUAUGCAAGCUCUUAUUUCUCAGCAAUCAAAAAUUCCUACAAGCGAUUUUGUAAAUGAGAGUCCAAGAAUGAACCCUUCCCAAAUAAUUUUGUGCAAGGAAGCCAACAUACACAGCUUUUCCCAAGAGAAAAAAGAUGUGAGAUUAAACCUAGAGAGAAUGCAAUGGAGAAUAGUAAAACUGGAUAAAUUAAGCAAGGACAUUAGCCAUAAUGUCAUGCUUAAUCCUACUCGUGCAAGAGCCUCGCCAAGAUUUUGUUGAAUAUCUUCCUCUUUGUGUGUACCUGUCUAUCACUAUCCAAGAUACAAUGAUAUU